CAAGCAUUGCCUCUCUCUCCCUGCCUGCUGUGCAGCUUCUCGCUCUCUGCGCUCCUCGGCUCCCUCCGCAGCCGGGCUGGGGGCGGCAGGGAAGCAGGCAGGACACGCCGGGCUCCCUCCCAGCGCUGGGGUUCCUGGGCUGGGAUCCCCGGGGCUGCAUCAUUGGCAUGCGGCUCCUGGCAGGACUGCAUCAGUGCUAGAGGAGAUGCGAGCGCAGAGCCGCGCUGCGCCGCACCCCCGCACCUCCCCAGCCACCUCUGCCAAGCUCUGCUUCAGUACCUGGAUGUGGUGGCAGCGGGAUGAUCGGCUUGGCUUGCAGAGCAUUUACUUCUAAUCUCCGGCUUGUGACAUCCUAGCAGAAAGGGGCAACCCUUUCAGGAGCAGCUCCACGGGCUAGGAAGAGGGGGAAUGGCUGGUGAACGGCUGUGAUGAGAGAUUUCCUAGUUCUGGACAUGACCUUCAGCACCACAAUGAAUCAGGAAAAACCUGUCAAAUCCUCCUAGCUCCCCGGCUGUGCAAUUUGCUGUUCCUUGCUGUUCCCCAGACAGCAGCUUUUCUCACCCAAAGCACGGAAGCCAGCAAGUCACAAAUGACAGCUGAAAAGUGAAGCAUUACCAAAAGCUGCUUGAGACUCUGUCAAAGAGAACCUUUAUAUAUAAUUCUCCUUCCGAGGCUGGGAAGCUGUGCAUCCCAUCACUUCCAGAGAACGCAGAGAAGAUAUGUUCAAGUAACCAACACCAGAAACUGUACAAAUCCAUACACACUUUAGAAUACCCACACAGUGACCUGCAGCAUUUAGAACUCUUCGUUCAGGAUGGAUGAUGGGUAUAGAAACACAAACCAGGUCUCAGAUGACUACAGGUACCAGGAUGGCAACUACGAGGCUCCCAACGACGGCUACUACCGGGGCGGGGAGGAGCCCGCGCAGGAGGAGGAUGCCCAGAGUGAUGUCACAGAAGGCCACGAUGAGGAUGAUGAGGUCUAUGAGGGGGAGUACCAAGGGAUCCCACACCCAGAUGACAUUAAAGAAAAGCAGAAGAAGCGAGGCCCUGCCAUGGAUGAUGAGUACAGAGACCGUGCUGACCUCAUGGCCGAGAGGAUGGAGGAUGAGGAGCAGCUCGCCCACCAGUAUGAGAACAUCAUCGAGGAGUGCGGCCACGGACGCUUCCAGUGGACUCUCUUCUUUGUUUUAGGAUUGGCACUGAUGGCAGAUGGGGUGGAGGUGUUUGUGGUUGGAUUUGUUCUUCCCAGUGCUGAGAAGGAUAUGUGCUUGUCCAGUUCCAACAAAGGGAUGCUGGGCUUGAUAGUCUACUUAGGAAUGAUGGUGGGGGCUGUCUUGCUGGGUGGCCUCGCUGAUAAGCUGGGAAGAAAGCAAUGCCUCAUCAUAUCACUGGCAAUCAAUGCUGCCUUUGCGUUCCUCUCCUCCUUCGUCCAGGGAUACGGAUUCUUCCUCUUCUGCCGCCUUAUCUCAGGCCUCGGUAUUGGGGGCACCCUCCCCAUCGUGUUUGCCUAUUUCUCUGAAUUCCUGUCUCGUGAGAAGAGGGGGGAACACCUGAGCUGGCUUUGCAUGUUCUGGAUGAUUGGUGGCAUUUAUGCCUCAGCAAUGGCUUGGAGCAUCAUCCCACAUUACGGCUGGGGGUUCAGUAUGGGAACCAAGUACCACUUCCACAGCUGGAGAGUCUUUGUACUGGUGUGUGCUCUGCCCUGCAUCGCCUCCCUGGUGGCACUGAAAUUCAUGCCUGAAAGCCCACGGUUUUUGCUGGAGAUUGGUAAACAUGAUGAAGCUUGGAUGAUACUCAAGCAAGUUCACGACACCAACAUGCGGGCCAAGGGCGAGCCAGAGCGGGUGUUUACGGUUUCCUAUAUCAAAACUCCAAAGCAAGUAGAUGAAUUUAUUGAAAUCCAGAGCUCAACAGGGACCUGGUACCAGCGGUGGCUGGUCAGAAUCACAACUACUUUAAAACAGGUUUGGGACAACGUGCUAUAUUGCUUAACAGCCCAGUACAGGAUGAACACACUGAUGCUGGCUGUGGUUUGGUUUACAAUGGCCUUAAGUUACUACGGCCUUAUUGUCUGGUUCCCUGACAUGAUCCGCUACUUCCAAGAUGAGGCGUAUGAAUCCCGAGUGAAGAUCUUUGAUGAGGAAGAAGUGUCCCAUUUCACCUUUAACUUCACCCUGGAAAACCAGAUCCACAGAAAUGGGGAGUACAGGAAUGACAAAUUUAUUGGCAUGAAAUUCAAGGAAGUGAAAUUUGAGGAUUCAUUAUUUGAGGAUUGCUACUUUGAAGAUGUGAGAUCCAGUGAGACCUUCUUUGAAAACUGCACCAUCAUCUCUACUGUCUUUUAUAACACCGACCUCUACGAACACAAAUUCAUCGACUGCAGGCUCAUCAACACCACGUUCAUGAACGAGAAGGAAGGCUGCCACAUCGACUUUGAGGAGGACAAUGAUUUUCUGAUCUACCUGGUCAGCUUCCUGGGCAGCCUGUCCGUGCUGCCAGGCAACAUCAUCUCUGCACUGCUCAUGGACAAAAUCGGGAGGAUAAAGAUGAUUGGUGGCUCGAUGCUGAUCUCAGCCGUGUGCUGCUUCUUCCUGUUCUUUGGGAACAGCGAGUCGGCGAUGAUCGGCUGGCAGUGCCUCUUCUGCGGGGCCAGCAUCGCCGCCUGGAACGCCCUGGAUGUCAUCACCGUGGAGCUCUACCCCACCGACAAAAGGGCAACAGCCUUUGGCAUCCUCAAUGGGCUUUGCAAGUUUGGUGCCAUCCUGGGGAACUCCAUCUUUUCCUCCUUCGUGGGGAUCACCAAGGUGGUUCCCAUCCUCCUGGCCUCCUCCGCCCUGGUGGGAGGGGGUCUGCUCGCCUUGCGCCUGCCAGAGACUCGAGAGCAGGUCCUGAUGUGAGCAGCAGAGGCCAGGGGGUGUGGGGGGAGGGCAGAUGUAGAAGAAGAACAAAAAAGAGCCAUGUCUGGAAUACCCAAAACGUUGGAAGCUGUUCUGUCGAUACCUCAAAGCAGACGGCAGAGGGGAAGAAGAACCCGCAGGGACAUGAACAAAACAUCAUCUCUGACCUUACUACAGCCACGACUGGUGCAUGCAGCCCCCACACACCCCUUGCAGAGCUUGGGUUCCACCCUGCCUAUGCUGGGAGCCCCUCCUGUCCCCGUCCAGCCCCCUGCAAGGACACCAGACAGCGCUCUGAGCCCGCCUGGGUGUGACACAGGAGGACAGACCCCGACCCUCCUGGCUGUGAGACCCUGCCCAUCCUCUGGGACACACAGAGCAUCCAGGGGAGCCAGGCAACAAACCUGCUGGAGGUGAGCUCCAGCAACAGGGCUAAGAGUUGCAGAUGUGGCCAAGCACCCCAGCUGUCUUGAUUUUGGGAUCACCACUCCACCCACUGGAAGAGGGAGAGUCCUGAUUUCUCGAGGAUGUGAGGGUGGGUGCUCAGCUGUCUCAGAAGACUCAGAGCUUCAAAGCCCUUUACUGUCUUCACUUGGGCAAAAUCACUAGGCACCUUCUUGCUGUGGAAGAGAAAUACCUAAAUAAUUAUAUAUAUAUAUGUGUAUUUACACCUACAUAGGUUUGCAAACCUACAUACACCCAUUGAAGUGAUCAGCUGUUAAAAUUUAGGAUUUUUAAUUUCUGCACCCUUAAGGGGAUUCUAAGAGUGACACUAAAACCAAAUCCCAGUAAUUCAAGAUUAUCAGGAGUCAUGACCAAUUUAGUGAUACUUUAUUCUUUACAUCAGAUACCAAAUAUUUAAAUGUAUUAGUGGCUGGGAAUAUAUAUUUCUAUAAUGAUUAAGAGGGGUUUUUUUUUCCUACAGCUUUCACAGAGGAGAAAUUGAUAUGAUAUUGGAGCAUUCCACAAACCAAAUGUGUAUAUAUAUUAUCCAGUGUAAAUAGGAGAUUUUUGCCUAAUAUCUAGAAUAUGGUAACUGUGAAUUUACCAGCAUUUUAGCCAUAUUAUUUGAAGAAUAUGAUGCUUGAUUUUCUAAUAUACUUGGGUCUCAUUGAAACACUGUAAGCACAGUUACUUAAAGCCAUUUAACUUGUUACACAGGGAAUGCACACAGCAAGCUUUCACUGUACAGAACAUUAAAUUCCCCAUUAAGUGGCACAGUUUAGUUUGAGAUGCUGUGGACAACAUUUCUGAAAUUCUUGUGCCAUUUUUAUCAUACGAGUUAAAUCCUCUUGCACCUAGAGGCAAAGUGAGUUGUGUAUUUUGGGGCGUUUUGGUGUUUUUUCUUGGGAAACCAGAAUGAAAAGCAUCCUGUUCAAUAACACACCAGAGCUCACAUUGGAUAAGAUUACACUAAUUUUACCCUCUCCACAAGCUCAGCAAUAGACCAGAAUUGAUCAGAAACCACCUCAGUGCAGCUAAUUUGUCGAACCAGGAUAUUUUGUGGCAUAAAAAGUUAUUUUGUACUUUUGCUGGUGAUCUUCUCAUUUACCUUUUGUUGGAUCUUCUUAAUAUUUUUUUUUUGUUAGUUUUUGCUUGUUUGGUGAUUUUUUUUAAGAAAACCAAGCAAGGCUAGGCUGAAACCUGCAGGAGUGAUGUCUCACACCCCUGCCUUUGGCUGCACAGGCUGCAGCUCUGGGAGUCAGCAUGGUGCUGCUGCAGGGGCAGCUGAAGGACACACAGCAGGCUUGGAUCACAAGCAGCAAAUCCUUGCCAAUGAGGCAAAAUCCUCUAAUGAGCAUCACUUCUAUCAUUGUGUCAAUGAGGGAUAAACACUCGUGGAUCAGCAAGGCUACAAUGGGCUGUUUGAGAUUUUUGACCUUUAUUUUGUGGUUUAUGAAAUUGAUAAAAUCACAAACUGCUGUAAUAACUGAGCUUAUAUUAUGCCUCAUUUCUUCAUUUUAUGGGUAGCUUAGGGCUUUGUUUUUUAUUAUUUAUUUUAUUUAUUUGUCUUCAAAACAGCAAGAUUCCUUCUCUAAGGUAGCAGUGAAUGUAAUUAUGUCCUUUGGCAGCAGUUCACAGCUUCUGUUCAGAAUCACAGCCCAGAAUGUGGGUUUUUUCCUCUAAGAAUAUCUGGUCUUUUUGCAUGAUGAGAAACUUUUUAAAUAUGUAUUUUAACACAAAAGAUCACCAUGACCUUUAGGUUUCAUCCGUUUUUUUGGGCUGUGCUUGCCAAUUAUCACAUUGCAGCUGGGCAGGAGGGUGAAAUUUUGCUUCAUUUGCUGGACUAUUCACUUUUGCUGCUCUGAGGAGCCAGAACCUAUUUGUUUAAAUAUUUAUUUUACAUAACAUUCCUAUUUACAUGUCACCCAAUGCUCACAGCAAACCUAUUUGUGUUCUCCAUUGACAUUUUGCAGUGACAUUAAUGACAUCAUUUAUUUUGCACAACUUCCCUGUUAAUUUUCAGAGAAAAAGAAGAACAUGAAAUCUUGAGGUGAUAGAAAUGGCAAGGUAAUAUUAGGGAACAUUAUCCAACCUUAGAAACCUUUCUUGCUUACAGAAUGGCUCUUUCACAGGCUGCUAAAUCUCACCUCACAGACAAGCUGGGACAAGGAUCUCAUUGUCAAUGUCACCUGGAAAUUCUUUGCAGCCCUAAAACCCAUGGGUCAGCCCCAUGAGGGCUAAGGGAUAUUUAUUGCACGUGUUGGGACAAGGCUCCUAGCCCUGGCUUGACCAGGGAGUUUGUGAUGGAACAGGAGGGAGCAAACACACACCACAGCUGGCAUGUGAGAGCCUGAGGUAAAGGAAACAGUGAGCAGAGAAGGAAGAAAGGAAAAGCUAAGGAGAGCUCCCAUCACCUGGCUGAGCCAGGGUUGGACUGAAGGGAUUCCCUUUAUUCCCAUUAUUCCCAUUAUUCCCAUUAUUCCCAUUAUUCCCAGCUGAAAGGCAGAGGCAAUGCGUGGGACCCUGCUCAGGCCCUGUGCCCAGCUGGACACGACCUGCCCUGGAUAUUCCUGCUUCUUCAGGAGCAGAGAGAUCCAGAGCAACAGCUCCAGCUCAGGCAUUGCAUUUGUGACACCUGGGCUGACAUCUCCCCCCAAUUCUGUAGGGACAGCUUAGUCCCAGUGUGUUUGUUUGCUGUCCUUGCCAUGGUGUAAAUCAGUGUAGGCAUCACACUGCUGCUCUCCAGAGUAAAACAGCUGCUGGCUGCAGACCCCUCUGCCUUGGCUGGGGUUUGUUUUGGGCUCAGUUUCAAGACUUGGCCACCUGCUAGGCUUAGCCUCAGUCAUGGAUCCUUGAGCCUCAAGCAAGGGAAGAUUUCUCUUCAGGCACCUCCUCUGAUGGCUCAGCUCCAGCACACCUCCUCCCUCAGUUCCCUGCCCUCUGCCUUGGAUACACUGGACCAUCCAUGGAGAAAUCUGCUGACCACAGGUCCCCUGAUGUCUCUGCACAGCUCUAUUUCCACAGAUUCAUGAACUUUACUGCAACAGGGACACAGAGGACCAAGGCAGGGGACUUGCCUUAAAUCCCAAAGAUCUCUUCCAGAGGACAGCUGGAUCUCCUCAUGCAUGAGUGGCACACCAGGACAGCCACUUGGCCAGGGACAUUGUGGCAUGGGAAAGGUGAGUCUGGGGAGCCCAGACUGGCCUGCUGUGGCUUUGUGUCUUCAGCUCUGCAGCUGGAGUGGGAGGAGUCCAUUGCUGAAUUUCUGAGCAGGCAGACACAGGCUGUUACAGGAACACCAAGCACUGUUGAUACUAUUAUUAAAGACUGGUGAUAUUACAAUAAAGUUCUGCCUCCUUGUAUUCCCUGUCGAUUUAAUGGGCUGUGGCACUGUGAUUUAUUUACUCCAGUUGUGCAGGACAGCUCCUGUCACUGUCUUUGGCUCUGCUACAUCCUGGUGGUGGCUGCAGCUUGUGCUGGGUGGGGUGAUCCCCUCCUUGCCCAUAUCAACAUCACCCUUUGAAAUCCCUUGAAAAGCUGUGGGACUUACAAAUGGUGGUGUAUGGAUCUUUUGGACUAUGAGAACCCAUAUCCAGAGGUUCUGCACACUGGGAAGUGCUCAGGCAUCCUGAUGUCCUUCAGUGAUGCUGCAGAGGCACUGAGAGAUGUUCCCCGAGCCUGGGAGUGGUCCAGCCCCAAGGCUGGGUUCACACAAGGGCACAGAGCAGGACUGCAUGGAGCUGAGCUUUCUGCAGAUGUCCAGGACCCUUCCAGGUCCUGCUUUGAGACCUCCAACAGCAGAAUAUACUCUGAUGCUCUUAAGAAAGCCCUUGGUCCUUUUAUAUUCCCUGCUUAUGUCCUUUGACUUUCCAAAGGAGUCACAAAACCUGAGAGGAUAUUUUUAGGUUUAUGUAGAUUUGAGCCCUAUGCAUUUUAUUUUGCAUUAAGUUUUUCCCUCAGUUCCUCACCCUUAUAUUAGCAAAUGCUGCUUUUAGGAUGAACCAAGCCUGGGAAAUGUGAAGGAAACAAAAUGAAAUUAAUUUCUUUGCUGUAUGUGAUGCUAGUGCUGUAUAAAUGUACACACACUGCAAGUCCCACUGUAAAUAACACCUGGCAUUGUGCUUUAAUGGAAAGUUUCAUUUAGAUGUUCUGUCAACUCUGUGUGUGAAAUAGCCAAUUCCAGUCCCUUGGUUCCUUUUCUUCAUUUAAAACCUUCUUUUAUUUUUUUUUAUUUCAUCUGUGUCUGGUCGUCACUGGAAAUUGCAGCUGUUCCAAUGGACUUUGUUUUUGUUCUCUCUGUCACAUUAAAAGGCUGGAAGAAAAAGAA